UCGGUAGAAGUUAGUUUUCGAAGAGUGUGUACAUACGUAAACGCAGGGGGAGGUAUGCUACGUUGCUGAGCCUUGAGCUGAGCUUUGUGGACAUUAAUCCUCUAAAGGCCACCCUCCUCUGUUAGGUGACGUCGCGUCGUCAGUUUUAAGACUUGUAAAGUGCCGAGAAACAUGUCCCAGCAACAGCAAGAUGUCAUCGAACAGAAAGGACCCAAUCAGGUGGUGCACAUUCGCAGUGAUAGUGAAACUAAAUUGGACGAACUCUUCAACGCCGUCAUCCACCCAAAGGAUUAUCAGGUACCUUUAACGGUUCCUAUGCGUCUUAGGAAUUUGCCGCCUUCGUUUUUUCAGCAACCCGAAAAAGGAUCGAAAUCUGCGUCACAUUCUCGGGAAUCCAGCGCUGAUGGUUCCAGUUACCCGCCCGGGGGUGGCUCGGAUACUCCGUCCCAGCCACAAACGCAGCAGCAACUACCGAGUGGAUUGCAGAUCAAUCAUCCUAGAGCACACUCGUCUCCUGCGUCUUUACAACAGGCUUAUAAUAAAAGUAUAUCUUCCUCCCAUCACCAGCAUCCACGGCAGAGGAGCUAUGGGGACCUGCUUGAUGAUGAUGAUAACACUCCCCUUCCUCUGGGGUGGGAAAAAGCAAAAACUUCUGCUGGCCAAACUUAUUUUUUGAAUCAUUUGACACAAACAACAACAUGGGUUGAUCCUCGUAAGAAGUUAAAUUCUGGAAGCAUUUCAGCUUCAGUGGAUAUGCAAAACAUAAAUGAUCUUCCAAAAGGCUGGGAAAGAGCCACCACACUCGAAGGAGAAGUUUAUUUUAUUAACCAUAUUGAUCGUACAACAAGCUGGUUAGAUCCUCGAAUACCUGCUCAUCUUCAAACACCGCCCACAGUCAGUUGCCCCACUCAGCAGUCUAUUUCUGCUUUACAGAACCCUUCUCAGGUACAGGCUAAUAACAGUGUCAAUCUUGUAAGACAUCUACCAACACAAAGUAUAAAACUGCCCCCUUCAAUUGCUGCUGCUGUGAGCUCUACUACUGGAAGCUUAAGUAAUCAGAUGAACAUACAACAGAGACAGCAAAACCUUCGUGUACAGAGCUUAGAAAUGGAGCGAGAGCAGUUGAGACUCCGACAACAAGAAAUUAUGCGCCAGCAGGAAAUGUUGUUGAGACAAAGUUUAGGAGAAAAGCUGUCUCUUGCAACUUCACCUACAGGCUCUACCCCUGAUCUUCCUCCAGUAUCCACCAGCCUGGAUUCCUUCUUGGAAGGAGGAACAGAUUUUCAUUCCCGCCAGGAGAGUGCUGAUAGUGGUUUGGGACUUGGCACAAAUUAUAGCCUCCCUCACACCCCUGAAGAUUUUCUUAGCAAUAUGGAUGAUGUGGAUGAUCGCCAAAGUAAUGAUUUAGGCUUAGACCUUCAAACAAAUUUGGACCUUGGUGAUGAUCAUAUGGAUACUGAUGAUUUAGUUCCAAGUUUACAAGAAGAACUGAAUGCAGAUAUACUUUCUGAUGUGGAAGCUUUGUUAGCAGCCAAUAAGGAUAGUGUACUGACUUGGCUAUGAGAUAAAAAAUAAUUAAAAAAAAAACAAGAAAAACAGUGCAUAGUGCAUAAUAUAUGAAGAAUAUAGAGAUAGCGAUGACAUGUGACUGUUUUGUUCAUUCGCUAGAUGGAGAACUUUUUGAAUGAAGAGGAUUGUUUUCGGAUGCUCUUAGUUGUUGCCCGGUAAAAGUUUUCUUGGCUACUGUACCAUUUUCUUUUCUGUUUUAAACUUGGUAGUGGUAUAGUGAUCAAAACUGUUAAUUAUUCUAAGUCUUGAUGAUUAUGUUGUAAUUAUUACUUCUUGAUUGCUUCAUGUAUAUUUUAAGUUAUCCAAGGAAACUUUUACUAGAUAUUUAGUCUUCCAAAUAAAGGAAUAGUAAUAUGGGAAAUUAGAUCAAAUGUUUGGGAUUGUUUUAAUUUUUACUUAUAUUAAAUAUAUUUUUGAAUUCGUUAAUAUUAUUUGAAUGUUGUUUUAAACACUUAUAUACUUUAUAACUUUAUAUAUUAUUUCUUUACAUCUUUCAUAAGAUGAGGAAAUUUGUCAUGAAAGUACAGGUGUCCCAUUUAUUCAUGUUACAUUAAAAUAUAUUAAACUUCUGAGCAAAUUUAACUUUUUAUGUGUACAUAGAAUACUAAAAUUUAUCAUAAAAUGCAUGUUUGGGAAAAUUACAAAUGAAAAGACAAUUGUUAAAAUCAAUCUGAAACUGCGUUUGAAGUGUAUUAUUAUUUUUUUGUGUGUAUAGUUUUGGUAUUGUUAAAGGAAAAUGUAAUUUAGAUUUGUACCCAGAAAUUUGUAAAUGAUGACCACCACACUUUUGCCCAGAAAUUUAAAUCAGGUGCAUUAUCAAAUGGUAAAAGUAUGUGUGUAGUACCUCUCUCUGUUUUUUUUUUUUUUUUUUUUUUUUUUUUUCUUUUUUCUUUCUUCUUUCUGUUUAGAGGCAUGAGUAUCUUUAUUUCUCCUUAGCUAAAAUAUUUUAUCUUCCUUUUCAGCAGUUUGUAUUAAAAAAAUACAUAAAAAAGUAUUUAGUUUAAGGGAGGGGAUGAAUUAAAUAAAUACAUCAUGUAAUAUUGUCUGAAAUCAAAAUUAUGAAUAUUUUUAUGGGGUACCUGUAUGAAUUCAAAUUAACCUGUAAAUUUAAGUAUAAGGGUAACUUUUUAUUAAUUCAAACUUUAUGCUUCAUUUUAUGUUGAGUAAAACAAAUCGUCUGUUCACAAAUAGUUUCUCUACUUUAAAAAAAUAUUUUAAAGAUAAAUUUAAAAUUAAACUCCUACGUCUCUUUUAUUUGGAAGACUAAAAAUUGAAAGGUGUUGGAAACAAGCAGUAUGACCAUUUGCUCACCAUCAAUAAGCUACAUGCUGUAUUUCUUCUAAGUUCCAUGUUUUCAUUUAUACAGAUUCAUCAUGGUUUUGUGCUCAAAACUCAGUGCCUUGUCUUUUUUUCAUACAUGCCACUGCUUUCAUCCAUCAUGCAUGUAUUUUAGCACAAAAAUUCAUGUAUUUUUGACCUGAAUUUUUUAAGCCAUAUGACAUUAAAGGAAUCACUUGAAAAUUUAAUUGAAGUCUGAAUGAAUUUUUCUCAUAAAUUUUGUAAUGUUAUUGACAUCAAAAUGAAUUUAGAAUAAUAUGCUUUGCAAUGUAUCAUGUAAAGAUAAAUUUUAAAAAAUUGUAUAAAUAAUAUUUGUGUUAAGGUUAUUGUAUAUUUAAUGUUUAUCUUCCACUUUGUUUGGAAUCCAUGAAAAAAAACUUUAUGUGCAUUUUUUACUAGGAAAUUAGUAAUUAGAAUAAAUUGUAAUUGUGUGCCAGCUCUUGUUUUAAACCAAAUUUAAAUCUUAUAAAUAUUUUAAAUUACUAAUUAUAAUAAAUGUUUCUUCUAGAAAAACACUACAAAAUUUUAUCUAUGGACUAGUUACCUUUUUUUAUUAGCAUAAAACUUACAUGUUUUUUUGUUUAUUUAUUUUUAGCUGUAUAUGUUUUAUGGUAAUUAAGUAUGUUAAUCAUGCUUAUUUCCCAAUAUUUUGUUUUCAUGUGUUUUUAUCUAAUUCAGAUCAAAGACUGGUUACAAAUUCAACUACUAAUGCAUUCUACAAAUUCAACUACUAAUGCAUUCUACAAAUUCAACUACUAAUGCAUUCGAAUGGAAAAACAAUCAAGUAUAUAGGAAAUUACAAAUACAAAAUAUAAGAACUAAUAGGAAAUAGACAAAGCAAUGUACAGUAAGAAAUGUAUUGUAUAUUUCUUUAUCAUACUUAGUAUAUUUUGUUAGGCAGGUUCUUAAAUAAUUGAAACAUUCUCUAUUAAAUUCGUAAAAAAUGUCAAUAUAAAAGAAAAAUGAGAGUUGGUACACAAGCUAAUUUGGUAAUUUAAUGAUCUGCUACCUUCCUCGGUAUGAAAAUUUCCAUGCACACUUGCACCCUGACAGCACAAGCAUCAGCAUGUAACUUUCAGUUACAUGGAGCAAGGUGCUCAUAUUAAUCAAGAGAGGCAUAUUAAAAAAAUACCCUUUUAUUUUCCUUAUUAUAUGUAUUAUAAAUAUUUUUUUUAUUAAUGUAAAAAUACCAUCAGUAAUAAGAAAUAAUCAUGAAUGUCUUUUAUCAAUUUAAAAAAAAAUUCCUAUGAAAUUUUUAAAUUAAAUUUUUUAUUAAAAAAUAAAUGCAAACUAUGAGAUUUCUUACUUUGCAGUGUAAAGACUCUUUUUUUUUUAAAUCAUAAAUGCCUCUCAAAGGGUAAGACUUACUACUUCUUGUUAAUCCUGCACUUUUGCACUGUGUGGCCACAUGCAAGAAGCAUUUGGUUAAGUCUAUAUUUACACCUUCUGCAUGUUUACUAAUUAUCAUCUGGAAUGUUCUAUUAGUGAACUUUAAAAAAUGAAUCAAAAUUCUGUGUGUUCUCUUUAACAUUUCAGAUAAGCAUUAAAUAUAGUUCCUUAACUUGUAUAAAAGUUGAUGGGAUAGAUUGUUACUGAAAAGCACAGCUUGUGAUUUCUGUGCCUUAGUAAUUAAGCAAUAUUGAGUGUGAUAAUAUAUUUAAAAUCACUAACAUUUAUAAACCACUUUUAUGAUGCCUUUUUUUCUAUGUAAAUUUUUUAAAAAAUCGUGUUGAGUGUACUGUUGUAAUGUAAUUGACAAAUCUAUUAUUGUUUGUGAAAGUUUUUAUGUAGUUACUCUUGCAUAAGCUAUUUAAUUCAACAGCUAAUUUAUAUAUUGUUCAUGAUCACAGUGUUUUAGCUGGAGAUUACUGAAAAUGCCUGAGAUAUUUAGUGGUUCAGAAUGAAAUGAAUAUUUUAAAAUUGCUAAUAUUUAGGUGUGAAAACUCACAUGAUUAAAUCAAAAGCACUAUUGAUAUACAACCCUGUUUCAUGUUUUUGCUAAAUUUAAAGAAAUUUUAAUAAAUUCUGUUAUGUCUGUCCAGUGUAACUAGUUAUCAUCUUCCUAGUUCAUCAGUGGAAAACAGAAGUUUUCAUGUACUAAAAAAAUGCAUGUUAUUUACAAUAAAAACUGUUCAUCAAA